CGGCGAUGGCAUCUCUGGCGGCCCUCGGCGCUUCGUCGGUCCCCAAAAUCUUCGCCACGAUGGAGGAGGGGCCGAUCCCCGGCGUGAUCAACCCGGGAGAGGCAUGGCUGGAAUCCCAUGGCCGCAGCCUCGGACACUUUGUGGACGGAACAUGGCUGAAGCCACCAGGACGGAUGAGCCUGGAAUGCCAGGAGGCCACUACCGGCCGGACGGUGGCUGUGGUGCCAGCUGGGGAGAGUUCGGACCUGGCCAUGGCUGUGGCGGCGGCGGCGGCAGCAGCCAAGGCCUGGGCGGGGCUGGGGGGGCCCCAGCGGGGACAGCGCCUGGCCUGGCUGGCUUCCACACUGGACGGUGACAGCAGGAGGACAAUGGGGGCCCUGCUGACCCUGGCCGGGGGGCGGCCACUCUGCCGGACUCUUGGAGCUGACCUGGACUUGGGGCUGCGGCUGCUCCGCGUCCCCGCGGGGGGCGCUCAGCUUGGCCCCCCUGGCCUGGAGGGCUGGACCCCUCUGGGGGUGGUGGCCGUUGUCCUGGUGGGUCCCUGCUCGCUGCCGGCGUUGCUCUGGAAAUUGGGGCCUCUCCUGGCCAUGGGGAACACGGCUCUGGUCCUGUCCCCUCCGGCUGCGGCUCCGCCGCUGCUGCUGCUGGGGGAGCUCAGUGGGGAGGGGGCAGCGCUGCCCCCUGGAGUCCUCAAUGUCCUGGCGGGACCCCCGGGGCUGUGCCAGGCCCUGCGUGCCCACCCCGAGGUCACCUCUGUCACCUUCCUCGGAGCCCCCCAGGAGGAGCUGCAGGCCCUGGUUUGGGGAUCCCCAUGCCGGGGGCCGCACCUGGGGGGACCCCGGGGGGGCCGUGUCGUUGUCAUCGUCCUCGACUCAGCCGACCUGGACAGCGCAGCUGCCGCCAUCGCUGCCACCACUGCCACCCCCCUGGCACUGUUCCCGUGGUGGGGGUGCAUAGUGCUGGCUCAGGACACGGUGGUAGCAGCACUGGAGCGGCGGCUCCGGGCCCGGCUCGGGUUAUUGCGGCUUGGGGACCCCAUGGACCCCAAAACAGAGGUGGGGCCACUGCCCCCCAAGAUCCUCCCACCUGAGGAGGUGGUGCAGGAGGCGCAGGAGGAGGGGGCUCAGGUUUUCCAGGUUCCACUGCCGCCACUGCUGGAGAGGGGGCAUCGUUUCUACCCCCCCACGCUGAUCUCGGGGGUGGCCCCGACCUCGCGCUGUCUGCGGGAGCCGGCCCCGGGGCCACUGCUGGUGCUGCUGCCCGUGCGUGGCCCCACUGAGGCUGUGGCUGUGGCCUCGGCGCUGCCCCAAACUGCGGCUGCUGCCGUCUGGGCCCAGGACAUCACUGUGGCCUUGGAUACGGCGGACAGGCUGCCCCAGGGGCUGGUGUGGCUCAAUGCUCUGGACCUGUUGGACCCCAGCGGGGGCUGUGCCGGGGGGGCUGCAGACGCUGACCUGGAUGAGGCGCUGCGAGAGUUCGGGUGUCCCCCCUGGGAACAGCCCCUCAAGGUGGAUGAGCCACUCAGCCCCCUGGUGACUGUGGAUGACCCCGGCGAUCCCGAGCUGGCUCAGGCCGUGGCUGCCGCCCGCGGGGCUGCCCUGUGGUGGGGGCGGCUGCCGGGGGAGUCGCGGGCCCGGGUGUUGCGGGGGGCGUCGGCCGUGCUGGACGGGGCACACGGGACCCCCAAGGACGGAGACAUCGGCGACACCGACGAGAGCCUGCAGAGGGCGCUGCUGCGCUGGGCGGCGCGCGUGGAGCGCGUGGGCGGGGCCGUGCAGGAGGUGCCCGGGGGCCGGGCCCUGGUGACGCGGCGGCCCCUCGGAGUGCUGGGCGUGGCCUGGGGCUGGCCCCGCCCCCUGGCGCUGCAGCUGCUCCUCCCGGCGCUCGCGCUCGGAAACUGCGUCGUGGUAGUGGCGCCCCCUGGCGGCGUCCUUGCCGCACAGCGGCUACGGAAGGCUCUGGUGGCCGCGGGGCUCCCGGGGGGUGCCCUGACGCUGCUUCCCGGGAAUUCCCGGGGGUCCGGAUCUCACCUGGCGCGACAGCACCCGGACGGGCUCUGGAUCUGCGGGGGGGACGCGGAUUGUAACUGGAGCUCUGCCGUGAGCGUCUCCCGCGUUUGGGGGGUCCCGGUGGGAGUCCUGGGGGGUCCGGGGCAGGAUCCCCCCCUCGGCGCCGAGCGGGAGCUGGAACUGCGCUGCACUCGCCCCCACUGCCUUUGGCUGACGGGGGGCGGUCCGUGAGACGCCCCCCCAGAACCCAUCAAACCUGCGGGGAUUUCAGACCUCACUCUGUGCCCCCA